GUCCGUUUGAAUGCUUUUUGAGGUUUUGGGUUAUUUUGUAGAGAGCAUGGGCUGUAUAGUCGGUGCACCUCACAGCCAAAGUCAUUGAUCUGCCGUAUUACCUUAAUUAAAUGUAAGAGCAGAGUUUUGAAAUGUUUUAAACGCAGUAUAUCAAAGCAGUCGAUAUGCCCGGGGAUCCUUUGACGCUGUAAGAGACUUUGUCCUGGAUUCAAGUAGAAAGAGUUGCUCACAUGCAGAAUGAAUUGCUGUGUGCGGUUUGCUGUAAUUUCCGGAGAAUUGCCUCAGGUCGGCGUUUAAACACCCUGGCAUUUUUUUUCUUUUUGGGUCACGUUUACUAAAGUGUGACUUUAUAUGCGGCAGAAUGAGGGGGAGAUCUGCGUGCGCGUCCUUGCAGUACCGCGACACGUAGAUGUGAAACUUGCGAAGUGUGCUAAAAAAUGAUCAGACAUCAGAUAGAAAAUCGCACGUCAUUCGUGGGAAGACUUCAGCGUUCGCCCUGAGCUGUUUCUGACGGGUGGAAGAGCUUCCUGAAGGCUGAGUUCGGCAGCCAGCGGCCACACGAUGGCGCUAACGGUCACCCUCAUCGGCCCUGCCCCUUGGGGCUUCAGAAUAUCUGGAGGCAGGGACUUCAAGAGAGCUAUAACGGUUUCCAAGGUCAACGAAGGCAGCAAAGCUGAGCUGACCGGCCUGUUCCCUGGGGACGUCAUCAUGGAGAUCAACGGGGAGAGCACAGCGGAGAUGCUCAACGUGGAGGCCCAGAACAAGAUCAAGAACUCCAAGACACAGUUGCUGCUCCUGGUGAAAAGGCCAGAACCUCCGAGCCCUGGACAGACAAACGGGAUCAGCUCGCCCGAACAGCUCACAGGACGCUUCCAGGAGGUACUGCAUGUGAGUCGAGAUGAAAACCAGAACUACAGAGAGUACUCCAUCCCCAGCCCAGCCUCUCUGUCCCCGGGCCCCUACUCUCCAGAGCCUCCCUUGAGUCCUGAUCGAAAGGUGGAAAAACGUUUGUCUUCCAGCACUCAGAGCCACCAGCUGCGUCCAUGGUCCCCCGUGGAGAAGAACUCCAGCCAUCGCCUGUCCAGACCCUACUCUCAGGACUUCUCCUCUCCAGAAUACCGGAGCAACUCUGGGUCCAGUAGAACCCCCACCCCCCCUGGCCACCAGUCUCCCCACAGCCCCCUGGAUAGAGAGCCCCCACUGUCCCCCCGCCGCAGCUCUGACUUCAACAUGCAGAAGUUCGACCGUGACUCCGAGGUCUACAAGAUGAUCCAGGAGAACAGGGAGUCGCGUACGCCCCCCCGCCAGUCCAGCACCUUCAAGAUGCUGCAGGAGGUGUUGGAGGCGGACGAGAAUGUGGCCGCUCAGCGCUUCCCUAGCAAGCUGACCCCCAGCCCCCCCAAGCCCAUCUCUGUGGCUGGCGUGCAGAAGUUCCACUUGUGUGAGAAGUGCAACACCAACAUUGUGAACCUGGCAGUGCGCAUCGCGGACGAACGCUACCGCCACCCCGAGUGCUACACCUGCUCUGAGUGCGACCUAAACCUGAAGAUGCGAGGCCACUUCUGGGUGGGGGAUGAGAUGUUCUGCGAGAAGCACGCCCGGCAGCGGUACCAGGGCCCAGGCGCCAAUUACAGGGCCCCCGUUUCCCCCCACCACUGAAGGCCCUUGACGUCUCAGCCCUGCCCCCACCUGCCUUGCACCCGGGCUCUGGAGACUCUAAACAUAGGCCAGGGGCCCGGGGCCAGGGGCCAGGGUGCUGAUCCACGAGGCCUUAGCCAUUUCUGUGCCCCCCCCACACACACACACAGACAUUACUGGUUAGAUAUCAAGUGCUCUGAGGUUUUUUCCUGGUUACAAUCCAUCACAUGGCAUUAGAAUGCGAAUGAGGUUGAAGGUGCUUCCUUCAGGCUCCGCCUCCACUGAAGCAGGCAGUGGGUGAAGUCAAAACAGGAAGGAGGCCAAGACCUCCAGCGACGUGACACGUGCUGGUUGCUUUGAAGGGAAGCGGUUUGAAAUGUAUCGUCACACUCAUAUACUUCUGUUUGUAAGGGUUUGGUGUCCCCCAGCUCCCCUCCCCAAAUGUAUGUAAUGUAUUAAUGUAUUGUAUUAAAUCCAGAUGCCUUUACUUAAGCAUUAUAAGCACAUUUAAUAGGUUUGCCUUAAUUGCUUUUAUUGAAUGAGGGACUAUAUCCGCGACUUUAUAAAUCUAGCCCUAUAGUAUGUAUGUAAAUAUCUAUCCUGGAAGUGCAUGUCACUGAGUGAUGCCCCUCUUGCUGCCCGUUGGUUGCACCCUUAGAUCCGUGCGAACAGGGGCUGGUGAGGUCCGUGGUGACAGCGGCGAGUACUUGGUGCAGGGACACUUUGAUUCGCGUCGUAUGUAUAUUGCAUCUUUUGGAAAUGCGAAGGUUCUUCAUUUAGCAAAUGUUAAGAAAGAAAUAUUAAAGAUGUGCCUCUUC